UCCGGGGUGCGAGUUUCGAUUUUUCUAGCCUUUUGAUGCUGCCGGGUUGAAGAGGAUCCGUGUCCGUGUGCUCAGUUUGAGAUUGACCUGCGACGGUGGCUGACGCACAUCCGAGAGGGUGCUGGUACAGCUGGGCAGAACGCGAAAGGCAACCGCGCGGAAGAGUUGACUUGUGGCUUAAAGUGUGUGUUGUGUGAAAUGUCAGUUAAUCGUGUUGAAAAAGUGCAUUGAGGUAGAUAGCUCCGAAAGCGGAAAGUGAAGCUUGUUGAAAGUGCAUUAAGAAGGACUGAGUGAUAUCACCUUAUUGGAAUAAGGUGUGAAUAGCCUGUGAUGAAUUGUUCUGUUACAAAUUUGUUAAAACAGUGUGAAUUGUUCCAGAAGUGAAAGACGAUUGUUGAACCAUUGUGUAACGGACGUUAAACACAGCCGUUUGUGAAGGACUUUUAUUGGAGAAUUGAUUCCAACGUGCAUCCAGUUUCUUUGCAAGUUCUGAAAUGAAGACGGAAUUUAAAACAUGCGGUAGCUGUGCGGAACCGAUCACCGAUCGCUACAUCUUUGAGGUGAACGGCAGUGCGUGGCACGGGUCCUGCCUGCGCUGCACCGUGUGCUUCUGCCCGCUCGAGCGUCAGGUCUCGUGCUAUCUGCGCGACGGUGACAUGUACUGCAAAUCGGAUUACAUCAAAAAGUUCAAGACGAGCUGUGCCAAGUGUGCCCGCUCGAUAUCGGCCACCGAUUGGGUACGGCGCGCCCGCGAGUACGUGUUCCAUCUGGCGUGCUUUGCGUGUGAUUCCUGCGGCCGGCAGCUAUCGACGGGCGAGCAGUUCGCUAUCUGCGAGGAUCGCGUCCUGUGCAAGACGCACUACAUGGAGCUGAUCGACGACGGAACGACAUCGAGCGAGGAUGGGCUGGAUGCGGACGGGAACGGGAAGAACAAAACCAAGCGCAUCCGGACGACGUUCACGGAGGAGCAGAUACAGAUCCUGCAGGCCAACUUCCAGGUGGACAGCAACCCAGAUGGGCAGGAUUUGGAGCGAAUCGCGCUGGCGACGGGGUUGAGCAAGCGGGUGACGCAGGUUUGGUUCCAGAACUCGCGCGCUCGCCAGAAGAAGCACGUGCAUGUGCCUCGAGCUCAGGAUCUGUUCAACGGAAUGCGCUCAGAUUUGAACAACAACAACAACAACAGCUGCAGCAGCAGCAACAGCAACGAUGGCCCACCCGGACAUCAUCUCGGUGGCGUUGGGCCGGAGGAUUGCGUCCUCGGCAAGACUUCCAUCUUUAACUCGCACGGUUUCAUCAAUCUCGUGGUGUGACGCGACCAGCAGCGGGCAUACCAUCGCUGGAUGGAUGUUUGCGAUCAACAGUGCCAUUGACCAGAACCGGAAGUACGCGGAUGAAAUCUGCGGUGUGAGCGUGUCACCGUGGAUCCGCGUUCCGUUCGGUUCCCUUCGUUCCCUGACGAGCUGCGCACGCAAAGCCACGUGCUUUGUGGUUUUGCUCGGCUGCAUCUUGGCAAUCUUGGAGGUCGGGACGAUGGACGAAGAAACAGCCUAAUGUAACUAUCCGAGCCGACUGUUGUGUGGAUGGAUGGCAAUGGCUCGGAGUUCUAGGGCAAUGAAUUGAGCUAAGGUGCGUGCUUUUGUGUGCUUCGCUUCUACAGUGAAGCUUGCUAAGUGAUUAGUGUUUCUCGAAGUGCUCUGGAAUGUAAAGAAGAUCAAUUGAGGAUGCGAUUGAAUAAAACAAAUUGAAAGUCGAAAGUUUAUACUUAUUGUGUUGUUGUGUGACAAGCUUCAGACGUUAACGUUGAUCGCGUUGUAGAACAAAUGAUAAAAUUCUUGUUGGCAUGGUUGAAGCAGAAAUUCAAGAGUUAAAUCUCUCUUUAGCCGGCCCACGGUUAACCGGUGUGCUCAGUGUAUCGUCUUUAAUUGAAACGUCAAACGAACGAUAUCUCCAGUUGCAAGAGUAAUGUAGCUAUAAAGAUGGCACAACCCUCUUCUUGAAACAAAUCACCAAAUUGAUGCUCUAAAAAAAUUACAAAACUUAAGCAAACAAAAAAAGUUGUAAACCCGUUCGAGAACGUCAUGGGUGGAAAACAAAUACAGAAAUUAAUUUCAUAAUUUAUGAUCGUACAGCUUCAUUCAGGUGAAUCACACACGACAGCCACGCCACUAUGGGCGCAUUCGAUUACUCCCAGUUGAGCAAAGCAUGCACCAACGGACAAACAGCUUCGAUCGGUUAAUUCAUGGUUGUUUUUUUUUUGUUUCUUUCUCCUCCCGGAGGGCUUUACUCAC